AUGGACCGAUACGUCUCGUUACACAUCCCACCGAACGGACCAGGAGACCAGAGACCCACAGCUGAGCAGGUUUUAAAGGACGAUGACCUUAAUGGCAAGCUGACGGGAAAGAAAAUCCUAAUCACUGGCGGUACUGCUGGUCUGGGAACAGAAGCAGCGAGAGUGCUCCGCAAGACCGGCGCCAAAGUGUGGAUUACUGCUAGAACAUUUGAGAAGGGUCGGGAGUGUGCGAAGAAGAUUUCGACAGACGAUGAAUCGUAUCCAGAAGUUGGCGUGGUAGUGAUGGAUUUAUCAGACCUUGACUCAGUUCGCCGAGGAGCGGAGUCUUUUCUCGAAGAAUGUCCAAAGUUGAAUGUUCUGAUGACCAAUGCAGGCGUCAUGGCUUGUCCAGAACAGCGCAGUGCCCAAGAUCACGAGCUGCAAUUUGCCACCAAUCACUUAGCACACUUCCUGCUCUUUAAGCUACUUCAACCCGCACUCCAAGCCGCAUCUGCCCCAAAAUACCAAUCGCGCGUAGUCUCGCUGAGCUCAGCAGGCCAUCGCAACAGCAGCAUCUUCCCAGAUAACUAUAAACUCAAGGGAGGCAUCUAUACGCCCUUCCGUUCGUACGGGCAAAGCAAGACAGCCAACAUCCUAAUGGCAAAUGAGAUCGAGCGGCGCUACGGUGCGCAAGGCCUUCACGCCUGGAGCGUCCAUCCUGGCAUCAUAUUCGAAACGGGUAUCUCGCGGCAUCAAGAGGGAGGCGCAGAGGGCUUAGAAGGGCGUAUGAACAAAGCCGACGCGGAAAUCGCGAAGCUGUACAAGAACACAACCCAAGGGGCUGCCACGCAAGUCUGGGCUGCCGUAGGGAAAAGCCUCGAAGGCAAAGGUGGGAGGUAUCUGGAAGACCUGCAAGUGUCGUGGAAAGCAGGCUCGACUAAGGCAACAGAAUGGGGCGGACACGAGCCAUAUGUUUACGACGAGGAUCUAGCGAAGAGGCUGUGGAAGGACUCGCUCGAGAUGGUUGGCUUGCCAGCUGAGGAAGACGAGUAG